AGAAUAGGAGUGGAGAAGACCAAAGCAUUUUGGCUUUAAGUUUCAAGUUCCUCUAAUCUACAUUUAUCCGAGCGACCGAGACGACAAGACCUCAUUUCCUAUUAUAGCCGUUAUCUUUUCUUGAACCGCGGCAGAUCUUACCUUGCCAACACUUGGUUCAUCUUGAUGUCCAUCUGGGGAGUCGGGGCACAUCUCUUUUUUCUUCUUGCGCCCUCAUCAUCCCAUUCAUUGAUAAGAAGUAAAUACGUAAUAACGUUCUGCAUAUUUCCAUUGCCCGUUAACAAGUCACAUCAAACGGCGUGCCGCUUCCUUCCAUAUUCCUUCAGCGCAGUGUCGCUACCCCUUCAUCCUUCUACUCUGUAGGUAUUAAUAAUUAUAUGUACAUAUUAUCAACUGGCGUUUCGCGAUCGUCUGAACUUUCAAUCCCGCCAACCUGUCAGAAAAGUAAAAAUUCCCGCUCUGAAAAUGGAGGGCUGAUCUAAUUACUAGUUCACGGAUCUCAACAAGGUUAAUCCUCAUAUGGGUAUACCUCGUUACGCGAUUGGAAAAGGAAAACCCCCAGAUCAAAAGGGAGUCCAAGCCCUAAUCCAAAACCUCCUUUUGAAAACUGGUACCCUACAACAUACUAUGAUACUGCUUACGGAGUACAUCCUAUCUAUCCCUGGCUACCGCGUGAGCUCUCUGGAAUCUGGCGGGGCCAUUUGAGGAUUUGAUUAUCAAUCGCCGAACACCCGGUACUGUACUUUUUGUGCUGGCUUCUCUGUUUGGGAUCAUUAGAAAGCAAAUGGCCAUGUAUCAUUCAUCAUGUAUCAUACGAUGGACUUUGCAGAUGCAGAUGCAGAUGUAUUCGGGACUAAAGUGUGCUGUGCAUAGGGGAAAGGAGGUGAGGCAGAGAGGGGGUUUGCAAGAACCCCCGGAUGUUCUAUAAUUAUUGGCCGCGCUACAGUGAAGACCUCCCUAGGCAUUAAACAUUUCCAAAUUCCAUCAAAUGGACAACAGCCUAACACUCCUGAAUUAAGGAUUAAAUAGGCACAGCAGCAUAUACGGGCCAGGGGGAAGGACUUGACGAUCGAUCAACUACUUUAGAUCCGGCAACACUACACUCUGUACCUGAAUCUGAAUAAAAAGAACCCAAUCAGAGAAGAUUGACUACCUUAUCCCUUGCCAAAGUUUCGGAUUGAGCGCUCAAAGGCAAAAAGACAGAGGUAAUGGUUCUGGGGUUAGCAUGUUUAGUAAGAAAGUCACAGUGGGUUGGCUACGGAGGAUACGAUGGAAUGGGACAGUGGAUUCUAGAGGUGUAGAAGUUGUAAUUAUUUUAGGGCAUUUAGAGUUAAAUACCCCUGAACCUAAACUAAAAAGAACGAGGGAACAGCGAACGGCGAACAGCCAUACUGCGCACAUAUUU